AUGUCGGCGACUAUCCUUUCCAGGAUCGUCUCUCUCGAUACUUUGAUUCCUCGAGUGGUAGACAUCGGACGUGAAGAGAGGGACGUAGAAACCUUGACUCCCUGGGUUUUUAAGCACACCAACAUUGCGCAGGAAGACUGCUUGGACAGCUGGCCCAACGAAGACCUGACGUCGUCUAUGCUGUUCGACGAAUUCUUCUCUUACCAUUCGACCAUCCGAUCCCGCUCUUCCCUGCAGGAUGAAAGAAGAAUCGAGAGUGCCCUGACUCCGAGUGCGGGUAUCACGUUGCCCCUGAAGAACUGGGAGGUCAAGGCUGCACACGACCACCUGGAAUUUACCCGGUCGCAAGGCAUGAUUCUACGGAUGUUGAUGAAGACCGUGUACGCGAGCCUGGACGGCGUGCGCAAGCAAGACCCCGAAGUCCUGUUCUCGAUUCACGCCUCGAAAUUGAGAUACGUGAUUGGCGGUACACAGUACAGCGCCAGGUCGGAGGGCGAGAUGACUGUCGGUCCUCGAGGGAGGGGUAUCCCGAUCAUCUCUUAUACUGGCUGGUGGAUUGGCCAAGCAUGGGAUGAGUUUCUGCAGGAGACUCUCAGUGUGAUGCUCGGUCAGCUUGCGCAAAACCUUGGUGUGGGGAAGGAUGAUAGUCUGUCGGAAGAUCAAGAAGUCUUUCUUGUUGGGUUUCAUGGUUAUGGUAUUCAAAUUGCUCGUGGGGCUUUUACGAGAGAUGCUGUGACCAGGGUUCAUUCGCGAGGUUGCUCUGGGGAUGAAACCUUUGAGGUGCAUUUUACACGGGGUUACAACCUUUGUCAGAAGAGGGAGUGGGAUGACGCCAUGCGUGCACUUACCCGGCUGUUUCGGUAUCUUUUGGGUGGAGGUGCGAAGGUGGGUGGGCGCUUUGGGACACACAGUGGUUAGACCCCCCCACGGGAUGAC